AUGGCUCAGCUCGGCCAUGUUGCUGAUAGCAAUGAGUCGGAAAGCGAUCUAGGCGAGUCAGUAAAUUCUGAAAAAUUCCAUACGCCAGUCACAGAGCUCAGCCGAGAGCCCGAGUCUGUCUCGGCGCAUCAAGAUGCGGAAGCAAACGGCAGUGCAGGUGAAGACGGAGAUGAGAAGAUAAACACAGAUGGGGACGCGGAUGAGGAUGCAGAUGAGGGCGCAGAUGAGGAUGCAGAUGAGGGCGCAGAUGAGGGCGCAGAUCAGGAUGCAGAUCAGGACGCAGAUCAGGAAGCAGACCAGGAAGCAGACCAGGAAGCAGAUGAGGAUGCAGAUGAGGAUGCAGAUGAGGAUGCAGAUGAGGACGGAAGAGACCAAGUUGACGAAUAUGUCGAAUUUGCAGAGGAAGAUGCAGAUACAGAUGCAGAUAACACAAUUGUCGUCAUGGUCCCGGGGCCGAAGAACCCUGAAGAAUAUGUGCCAUAUCAGGAGGAUGACACAGUAAAUGCGGUAUUGGAGGAAUUAACUGGCUCUGAUGGCGAAACUUUGUACAAAGUUGAGUACAGAGACGAGCGAGAAGAGAAUUUCAUUCCCUUGUGGGCGGCAGUCACGUUCAAUAGGCUAUUGCAUCUUCCAAAUGGUAACAACGCCUUGGAUAUUUUCAACAACAGAGAUUCAUCGGACUCAAUUGUGGUUGAGGACCCAUCAAAUUCUAGCCGGACCAUGUCUUCCAAGGCUGGUAAACGUCUUCGCCGGCCUCUCACUGAUAACAACUUUGUUGAUAUUAGCAAUAUUCAGCUAAGCUCUGACGAUGACCGUUCCGCGAAAAAUGGAAAGAAGAGGCGACGUCUUGUAAACAAUAUGUCAACUGUUGAGAUUGAAAAAGCACGCCGAAGCACUCGGGUUGGGAGUCGGCAGCCUUCACGACCCAUUUUCGAUGACGAUGACGAUGACGAGGAUGGCAAUGACCCCAAAUCGGGAAUUGUUCGUUCAAAUGGUGAUGGACCUCGGAGAUCAGGACGUGCAGCAACGAGAUCCGCUGCUCCAAGGAAAGCGAAUACGCUCACUAGCUAUAUGGAAGAAGACGAAGACGAGCUUGCUGGUGAUUUGCAAGUCGAUUCAGAAGGUAGCGAUAUAGCUUAUGCUAAGCCAAAGAGACAACGGGCAAGCAACGCUCGUGCUGCUGUUUCAAAGCCUAACAAACGUGGAAGAACACAAGCUCGAGGCAAUCAGUCUGACGAUAGCUCUGAGUGGUCACGAGAACGUCCGUCUCGCAUAUCUGGACGUGGAAACAAAACCGGCAAAAACAUGAGGGAAAGAGACGUCGAUGAAGAAAUAUAUGCCGAUGAAGUAGCCGGAAAGAGCGCACCUAAAUUCAUUAGCAUACGAGAAAUAUACCAACCGGUAUACGCGAAUUCUCCCUUCGGUUUAAUUCAUGACCAAGACUGCGAUGUCUGCGGUGGAACAGGCAAAAGUUCCAAUAAAGGAAGAAGUGAUCUUAUAUAUUGCCAAGGAUGUUCUUCCUCCAUACAUAGACUUUGCCUAGGAUAUCGAGCAGGUCGGGAGCAUAUAGUUACUAAGGUUGGCCACGAAAAUUUCGUUAUGCAGUGUCGACGUUGUAUCGGUCUAGCCGUCAAGAAGGAUCCCCUUGCCCCACGACUUGGUGCCUGUAGCAGCUGUAAUGAACCUGGGCCAUCCUGUGCUGCAUUUUCCGCAAAGAAAACCGCGAAGCAGGAAGAGAAGCUGAGGGAAGAAAACGACGGCGAUGACCCAAUUACUAAUGUUCGCGGCGAACUUAUCAACAACCCAGAUAAUGUCUUAUUUCGAUGCCGAGGAUGCCAGCGUGGGUUUCAUUUUGAACAUCUACCACCACUUUCUAGGAAAUCAACCGCCACACAUAAUGCCGAUGAUCUACGCUCUCAAAGAAUCCAAGAAUAUACUAAGAAUUGGCAGUGCAAGCAAUGCUCCGAAAGUACAACAAAACUGCAGACGUUGGUUGCAUGGAGACCAUCGGACCGCAAUUCUUACAAGGAAGAUGACGACUUUGACACUUUUCGUGAGGAUGAAAAGGAGUAUCUCGUCAAAUGGGAUGAUAUGUCGUAUUUUCAAUGCUCUUGGGUGCCUGGCGCAUGGGUUUGGGGCGUUGCAGCAGCUACUAUGCGAAAAGCUUUCAUACGUCGAGACGAGGGUGCCAAUAUGUCUCCGAAAUGGACCAAAGAAGAGGCAAUCUCUGAGGAAUACCUACGAAUGGAGAUUAUUUUCGAUGUCGAGUAUGAUGAAUCUUUUCGACCAAAGUCCGAAGAAUAUGACAAGGCUCAUAUCAAUGAUGUUGUUCAGGUUUUGGUCAAAUUUAGAGGAUUAACUUAUGACGAAUCCGUUUGGGAGGAACCUCCAUCCCCAAAUGAAGCUGACCGCUGGAGUGACUUUGUCUCAGCUUACAAUGAAUACGUCAUGGGCAAGUACUUCAAGAAAUCACCUGCAAGUGCUGUAAAAAAGCGCAUCGAUGCAUUUCGUUCUCUAAACUUUGAGAAAAAGGUUGUUUUAAAGAAACAGCCUGCUUCAUUGAUUGGUGGUGAGAUGAUGAAACACCAAAUGGAAGGCCUGAAUUGGCUACUGUUCAACUUUCAUCGACAAAAGAACGUUAUCCUGGCUGAUGAGAUGGGUCUUGGCAAGACGAUUCAGGUCAUCGCCUUGAUUGCCACACUUGUGAAGGACAAACCAAAGUGCUCCCCUUUUCUCAUUGUUACACCAAACUCGACUUGUCCAAAUUGGCGCCGCGAAAUCAAAAAAUGGGCACCUGAUCUUCGUGUCGUUGCAUACUAUGGUGCUAAAUCUGCUCGAGAUAUGGCCAUGAAGUAUGAAAUGUAUCCAGAUGGCUGCUCUGACCUCCGCGCUGAUAUUGUGGUAACAUCCUAUGAAGCACCGGUCGAUGACUCCAGUAGGGCCUUCUUCAAGAAAGUUAAGUGGGCUGGCAUGAUUGUUGAUGAAGGACAACGGCUGAAGAAUGACGGCAAUCUUCUAUAUGGCGCCUUGACAGCUUUGAAAAUACCAUUCCAGGUUCUUCUUUCCGGAACACCCCUGCAGAACAACAAGCGAGAGCUCUUCAACCUUCUUCAAUUCUUAGACGACUCUAUCGAUGCCGCAGAAUUGGACGAAAAAUAUGCUGAGCUAACAAAAGAAAACUUGCCAGAGCUUCAUGAGCUCAUCCGUCCUUUCUUCCUCAGGCGUACCAAGCUUCAAGUGCUGAAGUUCUUGCCACCUAUGUCACAGACUAUCAUACCGGUGUCCAUGAGUGUCGUACAGAAACAGCUAUACAAGUCAAUUUUGGCAAAGAACCCCGAGUUGAUCAAAUCAAUCAUUGGUAAAACGAACAAAGCUCUCCGCCCUACGGAACGGGGGAAUUUAAACAACAUUCUGAUGCAACUUCGUAAAUGUCUUUGUCAUCCUUUCUUGUAUAGUUCGGCCAUCGAAGAGACUUCACUGAGCCAUGAGGCUCUCCAUCGAAAUCUGAUUGAUGCUUCAUCCAAGUUCCAAUUACUGGAAAUCAUGCUUCCAAAGUUGCAGGCUCGAGGACAUAGAGUUCUUAUCUUUAGUCAAUUUUUGAAGCAACUCGACCUUGUCGAAGACUUCUUGAAUGGUCUUGAACUUCCUUUUCAACGUUUAGACGGUACCGUUAGCACACUUGAAAAGCAAAAGAGGAUCGAUGCAUUCAAUGCACCCAACUCAAAACUGUUUGCAUUUCUCCUCUCUACCAGAGCUGGUGGUGUCGGCAUCAACUUGGCAACUGCAGAUACCGUCAUAAUCAUGGAUCCUGAUUUCAACCCACAUCAAGAUAUUCAAGCUCUUUCUCGUGCUCAUCGCAUUGGCCAAAAGAAAAAGGUACUUGUAUUCCAGCUGGUGACUAAGGGUAGUGCGGAAGAGCAGAUUGUUCAAGUUGGACGUAAAAAGAUGGCUCUUGAUCAAGCUCUUAUUGAAAGUAUAGAUGUAAAGGAUGAUGCGGGAGACAAUCUCGAGGCCAUCCUUAGACAUGGGGCAGAAGCUGUUCUUCUUGAUGACGAUAGUAAAGAUGUUUACUACGAUCCGGCAUCAGUUGAUGAGCUUCUCGAUCGUUCUCAGGUCGAAAAUACUACUAAUGAUGACAACACCGCAGAAUCUCAAUUCUCACAUGCUCGUGUAUGGAUCAAAGACAAGGGAGACUUGUCAGAGGAUUUUGGUGAGACUGAAGCUGAACCGGCUGCGCCAAAAGCGCUUUUAUGGGAUGCUAUCUUGAAACAACGUGCGAACGAUGCUGCUCUGGAGGCUGCUAAGAACAUGCAAACAUUUGGUCGUGGAAAGCGCGCCCGACAGACGGUUGACUAUGAAAAGUCGCAGCCUGAGCUAAUGGAACUGGACGGUCCUGAUGGCUCGCCUCGAAAAGAUGGUCGACGAACUCGAGGAUCUCACAGCGAUGAUGAAUUUCCUGGUCACGGUGCGAAGGAAUCUGAAGCUGAGGAGUCGGACUCAUAUGAAGACGUCGAUCCCCGAGAAUUGGAAACAGGUCAGCCAAGAGUUAAAGGCAUUCGCAGGACUCAAAGACCGUUAAGAAGUAAGCUUGGCAAAAGAGAGUUCCUAAAUAAACCCAACGGCCAAGCCUAUGCUUCAGAUAGAUUCGUCGAAAGGUUGCCACAUUCUAGCCCAGAGCAAAUUGUCACAUCAGCCGGUUUGAUAACUAUACUGGAGAUCGCCAAGGACCCGUCACAAUCCAGAGAAUUAACAGAGACUAUGAAAAUUGGCGGCAAAUAUUUGCAAGAAAGUAUACGGGGUGUUCUUGAUGAACCACAAUGGUGGUAUAAUCAAGAAGAGCAAAAAGUUCAAGAAUUUUGGCAGGCAGUCACGCCGCAAAUGGUACAAGAUAGACUUCAACUGCACCUAGACACUGCACAAUGGCUUCAAGCGAGAGAUCAACUGGUCCGACCAAUGGGUAAUCACGAUGCAGACUACUCACUGCAGCUACAUGAUUACCGACGACAGUCUAAAGAGUGGCUUGAUUGGGGCUACAAACUGAUCGAUGCUCAUAAUCGACUUAAACAAUUCUGCGAACGAGAGGUAGAAAGACGAGAGGAUCCAAAAUCACGAUACAGGAUGCUUUGUAACGACAUACGAGAUUUAGUACAGGCUCGUGACGGUGAACGGAAGAUACGUGAAGAGUUGAUUCGACCACGCGGGGGCAAUCCAUGGGGGAAUGGCCAAGAAGGGCGAAACAUUCAAGAAUAUUACCUAAACGAGGGAAUGACUAGGGCUCAAGAACCACGCACAGGUACAACCAAGUCCUUAAUAGCUAGCAAUGCAGUUAAGGAUCCGAGUAGCGGAAAUUCCUUGUUUAGUGGAGAGGAGGUUGGCUGGGAGGAAGAAUUAGAAAAUUCUGCAAUCCAGCAACAAGAGCAAGAGACCAACGGCGAGAGGAAGAAGCGAGGACCUUACAAGAAACACAAAGGCGCCGGGGGUCAAGCUGUCGACAGCUCCUUCACAGACCAACUCGUGGAAGCAGGAGGUUCCCUGAUCAGAGAACUCGAAGAGUAUCUUGAAUGGCUGGCAAACCACCCCCUGGUCCUCCCAGUCAACAAGAACGAUGAACACUACUACGAACAACUUGUAGAAUACGAACGGCAAAUAGGAAAACUGGUCCAAAAAUCAAAGCAAUUUGAAGAUGCUUUUGAUGAACAAUUUCAGGUACAAAGACCGCGUGACGCAGAGCGAGCCAGGCAUGAUUUGGCGUACAAGAAACGCAAAAUAGCUGAGAGAAAAUCAGGUGAGAAGUACAUCCCCAUCGAGGACCACGCACCACGCAUCCAAGAGCUCGAUCGACAGUUACGAGACAACACGGAACGUCAGCAACAAGCCAGGUACUAUGCCAUCCAACUAAGAUAUGUCGAGGAGCAUGCUGGAUUAUCGCGCAGUCACCAGGAGGCAGGAUAUCCACGAAUGGCAGCAGAAUAUGCGCAACCCCUUCCUCAGGGAACACCUUCCAAAGUUAUAAACGAACAUCUUCAUAAGAUGGCUCUACCUCUCAGCGAUCCACGAUACGCACCACCUCUCCCUGAACAAACUUUUAGAAUGUCUAUGCCAUUUGGCGGACCAUCGGGGCAACAUGCAAAGGAUCCCAUUCAAAUUGAUUCAGAUUCCAAUAUACCAAAGAGAUCAAACCCCGUCAUCCGAUCUACUCCAGCCAUAGAAAUACCAGUGAAGCGCAAACGAGGUCGUCCCCGUGGAUCCACAUCAUCCCUAAAUUCCUCCAUGACACCGGUACCAAUUCUUGCUGGACAUAUGCCAUCUCGGCUGGCUCCCUCCCCAUCACUAGCACCAACCUCUACAGGUUCCCCGCGACCUAACGUGCAUUUUUGUCCAAACUGCAAUUUUGCUUUGUCAAAGUUGGUGCCUUCAUGUCCUCACUGUGCCCCUACCGCCAAGAUUCGUCUAAUGCUGGAUAAUUUGAAAGGGAUCAAAGAUUAUUCUGAGCAAGUGGGGCUUGCACACAAAGUUUUGAAGGAAGCAUUAGCGUCAAGAUCUGCUCCUCAAACUUUCUCUCGGAAAUAG